AAAAUAGCGGCCCCGUCUCCAGCCGAUACCACUGCUCUCCAGGAAAGUCGUCGUACAAGAUCUAUUUUUAGAAUCACCGCACGUCUGUUGACAAACAAAACGCUAUUUACGCCAUACGCUUGGAACCUUUUUGUUUUUGAUAAAUAAGGAAAAUGGACGCCCGAGAAGCGAGGACUUACGUGAUGAGCAACCCCCCAACGGACCCCGUGCUGGCCGAGAGACGCCCAAGUCUUCUUGGCCGAUUAUUCCGAAGGUCGUCUUCCCUCUCGGAAUCGGACGCGAACCCUGUACCGGCAGCAAUUCCGGUCAUGAAACCCCAACAAAACCAGCCCAAUGGUCAACCGGAGAUGGUUCGACGUGUGUCCAUCACAGAAGCCGUCCAAGCACAGUUCGGAACAUCGCCACCAGCUCAGCAACAGAUCAGGCCCAAUCCGGUCAUUGAUCAUGAGUUUGGAAUUUACACAUGAAAAUUCCAAUUUCCACAAAAAAAAUCGCUUAUAUUAAACGCGUAGCUUUUAUUAUUUAGAAGAUUCUUAGAAUUGUUUUGUAUAUAUCGUUUACAGAAAAUAUACCCGUGAUUAAAAUGACAAGUAAAAUUUGUGACACACAAAUAUUUAUUAUUGAGA